GUGUAAGAGCUAUAAAAUCACAAGGUACCUGCAAAAUAGAGGGGCACUGUCCAUCUACUAUUGAAGUUACCAGUAAUGGCAUUAUUAAGAUUUUAUAUUUCCAAACACACGUGGGACACACAGUAGAUCUAGAACAUUUGCCGUUAACAAAAGAUUUGCGAGAAGUGAUUGCAGGUAAGUUAAAUGAAGGCAUUCCACCACAGAAAAUAUUAGAUUCCACAAGGAAUAGUAUUAAAGAAGACAUUUACAGGGAGCAUUUAUUGACAAAAAAAGACAUACAUAACAUUUCUAAUUCUUACUGUAUUGGAGAAGCAGCAGAUCAGCACUUGGAAAUUAGUGACUUCUGCAUCAUCAUAAUGACAAAUGUUCAAAAGCAUAUGCUUUUAAAGUUUGGAUCCGAUAGCAUAUGCAUCGAUAGCACACAUGGGACUAAUGCUUACGAUUUUCAAUUAUCGACAGUUUUAGUCAUAGACGAGUUUAAUUCAGGAUUUCCUGCUGCUUUUUGCCUAAGCAAUAGAGUAAAUUUAGGUUCAAUGCAAAAAUUUUUUCAGUGUAUUAGGGACAAAGUUGGACUGCUGUCUGUAAACUGCUUUAUGAGUGAUGAUGCACCAGUAUAUUAUACUGCAUGGACAUCAGUAAUGUGUGAUGCCAAAUUUAGGAUUCUAUGCACCUGGCACGUUAAAAAGGCAUGGCUGCAAGCAGCAAAUUCAAUUAUCCCCUCAAAGCGAAAGGAAGUUUUGAAAUUUUUAAAUGUAGUAUCUGAAUGUCAUGAUAUAAAAGAAUUUGAAGCACUGAUAUCUGAUUUCCUCAGCAAACUCUUUGCUGAUAGAGAUACAGACAAGUUUGCUAAUUAUUUUGCUUCAAAUUAUGCAAACAGAUGCGAGUUGUGGGCUAAAUGUUAUAGAAAAAGAUGUAACAUCACAACUAACAAUCAUCUUGAAGCACUGCAUCGAGUUUUAAAAUAUUCUUAUCUUGAUGGAUUGAAAAACAAGAGGGUUGAUAGGUGCAUUGCGAAGCUUAUUAAUAUGGUGCAAGAUAAAUGGUUCCAGAGAUUUAUCAAAACAACAAAAGGGCCAAACACAUCAAAGAUCAACCAAACAAAUUUACGACACACAAGCAAGAGCAAUAAAUUUUCCAGCUAA